AUGGCGGACGUCGCGAUGCAGCCGGGCAUCGCCAAGCUCGAGUUCGCGAUGGGCGCCCACGGUCUCGUUUGGGCCACCGGGACCACCACGGUGGAGCGCGUCUCGUGCCAGGCGCGCCUCCUGGGCGUUCGCCCGGGGUGGAGCAUCAGCAUGAUUAACGGCGUAGCGGCCAACGACAGCGCCACUUGCUGGCACGAGCUGCUGAAGUGCAAGAAGUCGGGCCAGAAGUACAACGUCUACUUCACCAAGGACGAGGCCUCCAUCCGCGCCGACCAGCAGAAGGCGGAGGCGGAGCGCGCGAAGAAGAUGAAGGACUUGGAGGAAAGUAGGCGCCAGGAGGAGACGGCGAAGAAAAUCCGCGAGGACGCCGACAAGAAGCGGGCGGACGAGCUCGCCGCGAAGAAGCAGGAGUACUGGGAUAAGAGGCCAAAGACGCCCCCGCGGACGCCGGAGCGGGCGGCGAGGCCGCCGCGGAGGCGGACGCGGGCGGCGAGGCGGCCGAGGCCGACGCGCCCGAGCCCGCGGAGGAGGCGCCCGCGGGCGCCGGCGGCGAGGGCGCCCCGGCGGAGGAGGACACGGACAUUAACAGCAAGAGUAUUCAGCGCUACUUUUAUCGCAAGCUUCGCUUCUCCCUGCCCGUCGCCCUCAAGGCAUCGCGGGCGGGGGCCGAGUCCAAGGGCGCCCUCGAGGGCGCCCUCGAAGCUUUGGCCGUCCCGAAGAAGCUCAUGCUCGUGCCCAAGAACGCGCUCGUCGACUUGGCGCCGCCGGCCAGGAAGCUGGAGGACAUCGUCAAGAACUGGAACAGCUGGCGAAGCCGACCCAGGUCCGUCAGCGCCAGUCAGGACGCCGAGGCGGUUGCGGCCGCGCUCGGCCCGCCGCUGCAGUCCAUGGCGGGCCACCUGCAGGACCGAUGCGGCCUCCGCCGUGGGCGCGGGCUGCGCGGGCGGCAGGGACGGCAUCGACCUCAUAGCGUUCGAGGCGCGCGAGGCGCUGCAGGGGGCCCGCAACCUGGCGGCCAAGCUGCUGGGCGAAGAGCCUCAGGAGCCGCCAGCGCCGCCUCCCCUGAACGAGCCGCAGGGACUGGCGCUGAUCGCGGGUCAGACCGACGAGGUCUCCCAGGUCCUGAAGGAGGCCGCGGAGGUGGCCGCCAUGGCGCUCGAGCUGCAGAAGAAGCAGGAGGAGAAGAAGAAAAAGUCCAGGUCGCGGUCCAGGAAGCGAAGGCGCAAGCGUUCCACGAGCUCGUCCUCGUCCUCGGGCAAGAAGAAAAAGAAGAAAAAGGACUAGAGGGCGUGAUGAGCCUGGCCAUUCCUGUGCGGGAGCCAUGUGUCCUGCUUGCCGGCGGCGCGGGGGCGAAACAGUAGGUCCGAACGGCCGCCGCUUGGCGAUGGCAGCCCGCGUGCCGACUUUGCCCUAUUGGCUAUUGAGGGUGAGGAGCAGCAGGACCCCCCCCCGCCCUCGUCUCGCCCCGCGCGGGGCCGCGCGGUCUGGUGCUCGCACCUGCAGCCUUGGCCUUCGGCGUGUGACCGGCCGCCGCCUGCUCGCCCCCGUCUCUCGGGGCUCAAGGAUCUGCACGAACGAAAUGGGCACGGAAAGAAUGGUUACAAUGCCCAACAGCAGUUCUUGUUCAUUUGAACAGGACUCGCUGUCCGCGCCGCCGCGGCCUGUGUCCAUUUGAGACAGAAGGCCGCCUGCCCAACAGCGG